UUCCUAUUUUCAUUUUAUCUUUGCUGUUUCAAGGUUUUAAAAUGCCUGAGCCAGCCAAGUCCGCUCCUGCCCCGAAAAAGGGCUCGAAGAAGGCGGUGACCAAGGCGCAGAAGAAGGACGGCAAGAAGCGCAAGCGCAGCCGCAAAGAGAGCUAUUCCGUGUACGUGUACAAGGUGCUGAAGCAGGUCCACCCGGACACUGGCAUCUCGUCCAAGGCUAUGGGCAUCAUGAACUCGUUCGUCAACGACAUCUUCGAGCGCAUCGCGGGCGAGGCAUCGCGCCUGGCGCAUUACAACAAGCGCUCGACCAUCACGUCCCGGGAGAUCCAGACGGCCGUGCGCCUGCUGCUUCCCGGGGAGCUGGCCAAACACGCCGUGUCCGAGGGCACCAAGGCCGUCACCAAGUACACCAGCUCCAAGUAAACUUGUCAAGUAAGCGUCUACACCUAACCCCAAAGGCUCUUUUAAGAGCCACCCACGUAUACACAAAAAGAGCUGCAAUCUGCCACUUAAUUUCGUACAGUGGAGUUGGUGCAAAAACUGCUUUUCCAUAAUUAAAUAAAAGCAUUGCCCAUUUGUCGCUCCUGACAUUAUUACCCCACGUUAUCCAUUUGCCGUUGCAAUUAGUGGCUCACCCCAAUUACAUAAAAACUGUUUAGACUUCCAGUGAUCAGUGUGGUGUAACUGAUACGGAGUGAUCCUAACAUGAAAAUUUUAAAACGGUUAGGUGGCUGGGGACUUGUAAUAGGCAGUUGGGGUUGACGAACUACUUUAGGAAAUGCAAUUUGUUAAGUCUCUAUGGGAGGCUAAACUGAAGGCUGGGAAACAGCGGGAAAAGGAAGGGACG